UUUCAGAAGCAGUUAUUACCAGUUAUUACUAAAUGAGCACUGAAAUUAGAACUUUCUUUUACUUGAUAAUGUGCGUAAGUAGGUGUAGUUUAUUUUACUUUUCACGUUACGUGCAAAGUAUGCAAUCCGUAGCAGAGUGGCAGCGUAUCAAAUGACCGCAGAGAAUUUGUUCUCGUCGUGGAUGGACGCACGCACACGCAAACCGUUGACGCAAACGGCAGCAGCAAGCAAGCUGGUCAGCUUGAGAGGCUUCGGCGUAAGUGGGGGGUGUCUGUGUCGACCGCAUGAUUCAUAGGCGGUAGUGAUCGUGAUCGGGCCAGUUUCUUUGCGUGGUAUCUUUCGUGAAAAUACUCCAGAUGGUCUGACACGCUGACCAAGGCGCAACCAGUUCAUCAUGAGGCCAAUCGUGAAUCUCGACGAGUGCAUUCGGGACUCUCCCAAGUUCAGAGAGGCGCUCGAAGAGAAUGAAGAAAACAUCGAUCAAUUGGAGAGCAAGCUCGACAGAGUAAGCGUAUUUUUCUCCUUUUCCGACGAUGCGUCCUUUCUGCUGGAAGCAGGUUUUCAGCCUUUAGUUUUGUUGUUGUCGCUUGACAUCGCGUCUGUGUUUCAGUUGGUCAGAUUGUGCAGCACAAUGGUCGAGACGGGCAAGAGUCACGUCGCUGCACAAAGUGGUUUCAUCAAUGGCAUAUGGGACUUGGUUGGAUACUUCAAAGAUGACGUAUCUAUAGUUAACUCACUGAACCGGUUCAUACAAAUCCUCACCGAUGUUCUCAAGUAUCAGUCGAUUCUUCUUGAGCAAGCACAACGAUCGGUCAUCAAAAAUCUGAACAACUUUAUCAAGAAUGACAUCCGGCAAAGCAAGGAGACGCGGCGGCACUUUGAGAAGAUGAGCGACGACCUGGACAACGCGCUGUUCCGGAACUCUGCGGUGCCGCGCAGCAAGCCCGCGGAGUGCGAGGACGCCCACAACGUCCUCAUCGCCACCCGGUCCUGCUUUCAACACCUCGCCCUGGACUAUGUCCACCAGUUGAGCUGCCUGCAGUCCAAGAAGAGGCACGAGGUGUUGCAGACUCUCUUGUCCCUGAUGAGUGCUUACAGCACCUACUAUCAUCAGGGCUACGACCUGUUUGAAGACUCGGAACCAUUCCUGAAGCAGUUGGGGGGCAGCCUAGACAAGCUUGGUAAGGAAUCCUCAGACUUGUCCAAGCAACUUGACUCAAGGCACCUUCUUGUGACCUCCAAGGAUGUAAUUCCAGUGGUUCACAAGGAUCCCUCGACCAAUAAUGGCAUCAGCCUCGAGGGGUACCUCUUCAAGCGCACUUCCAAUGCAUUCAAAACAUGGAACAGGCGCUGGUUCAUCAUCCAGAAUGGGCAGCUGGUAUACCGGAAGCGCUCCAAGGAGGAGAUGAAGACUGUGAUGGAGGAGGACCUGCGGCUGUGCACCGUCAAGCCCGCCCAGGAGUUUGAGCGUCGCUUCUGCUUCGAGGUGCUCUCCCCUUCCAAGACCCACAUGCUUCAGGCUGACUCGCAAGAAUCCUACAACUGUUGGAUCACCGCUUUGCAGUCCGGGAUCUCGCAUGCGCUCAACCACCAACCAACGCACGAUGAAGAUGACAACGCCCUGCCCACAAACGACCGGAAGACUUCUUCGGAGACGACGCUGACGUCGCUCUCCAGGCACAGUGCCAACCCUCUGCCGAAACCUCCACGUGCUCACAUCCAACUGACGAGCAUUCCGGGCAACGAGUUGUGCUGCGACUGCCGAGCCCCGGGCCCUUCCUGGGCCAGCAUCAACUUGGGCAUCACCCUCUGCAUCGAGUGCUCCGGGAUUCACAGGAGCCUUGGGGUGCACGUGUCCAAGGUGCGUUCCCUGACCCUGGACUCCUGGGAGCCAGAAAUACUCAAGGUGAUGGCGGAGUUGGGAAACACCGUCAUCAACGGCGUCUACGAGGCUCGUGUGGACGAAAGCAUUGCCAUCAGAGCCACGGUCGACUCCAGCAGGAGCCUGCGCGAGGCCUGGAUCAAGGCCAAGUACGUGAGCCGGGCCUUCGUGAAGCCCCUGCUGGGCUCGAUGGCCUGCCUGACGCCCCCGAGGGACCGGGCCCCUCUGGCCACCCUGAGCGAGCUGCAGGCCUCCCACAUGCCCCGCCGCUGGAGCGUGCGCAAGAUGCACCGGCGCAGGAGGACCCUGCAGCUCGGGGAGCGGCACGCCAGGGCAGGUGAUGCUGUGGUCGAGGCCAACCGUCGCCGCACCACAGUGGUGUCCUCUCCUGUGGACAAGCCUCCCGCGAGUGCAGAUGCGCUCUCGGUCAGCUCCCUGGGGUCCGAGACGCAAGCCAGCCUCACCUCCCAGGAGAGCGGCGGGGCUCUCAAGGACUCCGGCGUCGCGUCGUCUGUCCCGCAGUCUGACGCCGAGGGGAGCGGGAGCUCGCAGAACGCAAUGGAGACGUCGUCAGAUCCUUCAGAGGACGACGUCCUCGUGUUUGGCGAGUCGCUGGUCCCUGCGGUUCCGCCUCCGUCCAGUUUGGAACUGGACAGUGCAGAUGAGUCACCCACCCAGGAUGAAGAGGAUACCACUCUUGAAGAGGACAUCUCCAACCUAAGUCCUAGCCUGCUUCUGUACAGGGCUGCAGGUGCCCACAACCUCCCGGUCAUGUGUCUGGCCCUGGCCAAUGGGGCGGACCCCAACUGGACCAACCCCGACGAAGACGGCCGGUACCCGCUGCACCAAGCCAUCCAGAGUGGUUCGAUCAUGGCUUGCGAGUUCCUUCUGCUGAACGGUGCCAAGUCCAACAGUGCGGAUUCCAUGGGACGCACCUCGCUGCACGUGUCCACCCUCCUUGGAAACACGGGGCAGGUGUGCCUGCUGCUGAAGCACGGAGCAGACCAGCACACCCAGGACAAGGACGGUGCGACGGCGCUGAAGAUGGCGGUGGACAACGCCAACCCGGACAUCGUGACCAUGCUGCGGCUGGCCAAACUCAACGAGGAGAUCCGCAGGGACGAGUUCGGAAACCCAGGAGACGACACGUUCAUCGACGUUGUGCGCGACUUCUCUCACAUGGCGUCCAACAAUCCCGAGAUACUUCGCCGCCAGCCCAGCAGGCAUGCGGAGUGAGAACAUCCCGCUUUACUCGCCUUCGUUUUUAGUAUGUUUUACUUCGGAGGCAGAACUCGAGAUUCGCCGAGCUUUGCGUCCGUAGCACCACGGAGCUCGCAUGUCUACAAUCGUUUGCAGCGGGGGGACCGCUGGAGAUUGCAAUUGUUGGCAACCUGUUAUGUAUUAUCUUCCAAAUGAUCUGUGGUUGAAUUUUUACACCUGCAUUUUCAGUACUGUCGGUUUUCGCUCUGCCAUAACGUGGGAUGAUUGUGCUGCAUUAUAUUCUCGCAGUUGCGAGCGUGGCACCGUUGUUCGUGUCACGACGAAGGCCCCUUUGUACGGUAACGGAGCAUGUAAUUUGGAACAGGCCACAGUUUUUGCUGCCUCCACGUAAGUGUUUUAUGGUAAAAGAAGACAGGUUGGUCAUGGAUUGUUCCUAUAUAGUUUAGUACAGUGUCUGACCUCUUUGGACUGUCAUCUGUCUUAAAUCACAAUCAUGAUACUGAGGAAAAAAGAAAAAUGAAGGUCUUUUAUGUGUGUUGUGCUUAGUAAGUCACUGAUAAAAUCUUUCAAGUAAAGAAGCUUUCAAGAUCAACAACAAAAUGUGCCGAGAAAACCGUUGCUAGUGUCAUGUACUAAGUGCCCAUUCCCUUUCUUGAGAGCUGCAUUUAAUUUGAAGUCUGGUCUCCCAAGAGGGGACAUGAGCACGUACGGGUCACCGCAGCGCUCGGAAACUUUUCCUAGGACGAGCUCUAGUUUUAAAUGUGGCCAAAGAAAGAUUUUGCUCGUGGUUUGACAGAGGGUUGCUGUGAUACCUUUGGCUACGGGAACAAACGAGGAUAUCAGUCUUUUUUUUUUUAUUGUCACAAGUUUAGUAUAUUACGACUUAUGUACACACAAAAUGUGGAAAAUGAACAUACACAUUGCACGUGCCAGUGGGAGUCGAAAAUUGCAGUUUGGGGAAGAGAAGACAGAAGGGGCCGUCUCUGUGUACACUGUUGGUUUUCUUUUUCCCCAGCGAGAGGAGAAAAAUUAAAUAAAGGUUCCAGUUACCUUUUGA